AUGGUCAUCACAUAUAAAGAAAGCGAUAAGAAAAAAUUCUUUGGACGAUGGUGCCUGGUUCAAACCUGUGAUUUUGGUAGUGAAAAUGGAAAAUUAGAAGGAGGCGGUGAUUCUGAAUGUGCCCUAAUUUUCAGUGAAAGGGACCGGGAAAAUAUAGAACGGUUGGAAAUUACAGGUGUUGGUGAUCCAACCGGUCGUGGACUAGGAUUUAGCUAUGUCCGUGUUACUCCUAAAGCACCUAUUUCGAAUUCGACUGCUAAAAAGAAGUCAGCUGCUGCACGAGGGGGGUCAACAGUGACUGGCACUGAUGCUGAUCUACGCAGAUUGAGCAUGGAUGCAGCACGCGAGAUAAGCAGAUCGGACGAUAACACGACGAGCCCAAAUGUACACACUCCACCGCUCGUCAUUGUGCGGCAGUUCUUCGUCGGUAUGUUCGUGAUUGACACCUGGCAGUACUUCUGGCACAGAUACAUGCACGUGAACAAGUUCUUGUACCGCCAUAUCCACUCUUGGCACCACCGCCUCAUUGUGCCCUACGCCUUCGGUAGCCAAUACAACCACCCUCUCGAAGGCCUCAUACUGGACACCCUCGGCGGAGCCUUGGCUUACCUCCUCUCGGGGAUGUCCGCAAGAACGUCCAUCUUCUUCUUCUCCUUCUCCACCAUCAAAGGCAUUGACGACCACUGCGGGCUGUGGCUUCCUGGGAACAUCUUUCACAUGUUCUUCUGGAACAACACCGCGUACCACGAUAUCCACCACCAGUUAUUCGGUACUAAGUAUAAUUUCUCGCAGCCGUUCUUCAUUACCUGGGAUAAGAUAUUCAGGACUCACAUGCCCUACACGCUUGAAAAGAGGCCAGAUGGGGGUUUGGAGGCGAGACCAAUUUCGAAACGCUAGCAGUGAUACAGAUCAAUAAGUGAUAAUCAAAUUCAAUAAAUCUAUCUGUCGAUUGUAAGCUAUAAUAUGUUGAUAAAACUGCAUGUUGUCAUAGUUAUAUCAGAAACUGAUCGUAGUCCUUUGGCUUGAUCCCAAAUGUAAGGAGCACAUGCAUCUACGGCCAAUCAAACAAUCUUUUUCACGUAACUUUUGAAGCCUU